CAGUAGGAGCACAAUAGAUAUUCUGUGGUUUCUCAAGGUUAUUGACAAUAUUCUCAAGGUUUAAUGGUAAUGGGAUUAAUGGAUUUCAUCAGUGUUGGAUUGUUGUUGCUUGUUGCAGUUGGCUUGUGUUUAGCACAGUGGUCAGGACUUCAACAAGGCCAGGAUCCAUUAAGAUUCCAACAACAACAGUCACCAGUUUUGGCUCCUCAACAAGCUGACCGAGAAUCACUGUUAUCAUCUUCUUUGGGGCCGCUGAGACCUGUGAUGAGCCCUGCUGGGAUAAAUCCAUGGAAGCUUCAAGAACCAGGAAGUAGUCAGUCUAAACAGCUAAUGGAGGCUCCUUUGGCACCUUUGACCUGGCAUUUUCCUGUAGUUCUGGAAGAACCCCAACAGCCAGAUGUACCUUUUGAGUUGCAUGUACCUACCCCUGCUCAGAGUAUUGCAGUACAAUGUGGGGAGCGCUCUGUGCAUGUGGAGGUUAAGAAGGAUUUCUUCGGGACUGGUCAGCUGGUAAAUCCUUCAUUCCUCACUUUAGGAGGUUGUGCAGCUGUUGGAGAGGAUCCAGGAGCUCAAGUCCUUCUCUUUGAGUAUGAGCUCCAGGCAUGCGGCAGCUCUCUGAUGAUGACUGGUAAUGAGCUGGUGUAUAAAUUCACUCUCCUGUACACUCCUGAGGCUUUAGUAGGAACUCCCAUUGUAAGAACUGAUGCAGCAGCUGUUCAAAUUGAGUGCCACUACUCAAGGUUGCACAAUGUUAGCAGUAGUGUUUUGAGGCCCAAUUGGGUUCCCUUUGCUGCUACAAAAGUUGCAGAGGAAGUUUUAAUGUUCUCCCUAAAGCUCAUGACUGAUGACUGGAUGUUUGAGAGGCCAUCCAAUAAGUACUUCUUGGGGCAAUUCCUGAAUCUUGAAGCUUCCGUGAAGCAGUACAACCAUGUUCCUCUGCAGAUCUUUGUAGAUGGUUGUGUGGCUACUGCAGUCCCUGAUGUGACUGCUGCUCCAAGAUAUUCCUUUAUUGAGAACCAUGGGUGCCUGGUUGAUGCAAAGCUUACAGGAUCUACUUCUAGCUUUAUGCGCCGAGUUCAGAGUGACAAACUACACUUUCGUUUGGAGUCUUUCAGAUUCCAGCAAGCAAAUAGUGGUUUGGUAUACAUCACAUGUUCUUUGAGGGCAGUUAUGGCUUCAACCCCCAUAAGUCCAGAGAACAAGGCUUGCUCUUUUGCCAAUGGGUGGCUUUCUGCAGAUGACAAUGACCAGAUGUGCAUGUGCUGUGACUCAACAUGUGGCUUUAGCAGGAAAGGGCGUGCACUGUCUGAUUCAGGCCUUGUUUCAGAAGGGAAAGCAACAAUUGGCCCCAUUGUAGUCUCUGAUAAUUUACAAUAAGUGUCUAAUAAAAGACCUGGAAUGAA